AUGGAGGGAAAUGUGUCUAUUAUGUGGGCGAACCCCACAUCCCCACCAGAAAACAACACCUUCCUGGGGUCCUUUAGUAACUCCUCCUCCAUCCCACCUCCUCUGGACUGGGAGGCCCCCACCUUCACGGUCGCGGCCCAGUUCCGGGUCGCGGCCACCCUGGUGCUGUUUGUCUUCGCUGCCAUCAGCAACCUCUCCGUGCUCAUCAGCGUCACCUGCGGGAGAGGGCGCCGUCUCGCGGCCCACCUUCGGCCGCUGAUUGGCAGCCUGGCCUCGGCCGACCUGGUGAUGACCUUUGUGGUGAUGCCCCUGGACGCCAUCUGGAACAUCACCGUGCAGUGGUACGCCGGGGAUGUCAUGUGCAAGCUCAUGUGUUUCCUCAAGCUCUUUGCCAUGCACUCUGCUACGUUCAUACUGGUGGUGGUCAGUCUGGACCGCCAUCACGCCAUCCUGCACCCGCUGGAUGCGCUCGACUCUGGGCGCAGGAACAAGAGGAUGCUGCUGGUGGCGUGGGUCCUCAGCUUACUCCUAGCCUCACCACAGCUGUUCAUCUUCAGGGCUAUCAAAGCUGAGGGAGUAGACUUCACUCAGUGUGUGACGCAUGGAAGCUUCCAGCACCGCUGGCAGGAGACAGCCUACAACAUGUUCCAUUUCGUGACACUAUACGUUUUCCCGCUGCUUGUCAUGAGUUUCUGCUACACCCACAUCCUCAUCGAGAUCAAUCGGCAGAUGCUUAAGAGCAAAGGUGGUGAAUCAUGCCUGAGACGAAGCGGUACAGACAUGAUCCCCAAGGCUCGUAUGAAGACCCUGAAGAUGACAAUAGUGAUUGUCGCCUCCUUCGUGGUGUGCUGGACACCCUACUAUCUCUUGGGGAUUUGGUAUUGGUUCCAACCACGCAUUCUCCGGAACAUGCCGGAGUACGUCCACCACAUUCUCUUUGUCUUCGGCAACCUCAACACGUGCUGCGACCCGGUCAUCUACGGCUUCUACACGCCUUCCUUCCGGGCGGAUCUGGCUGAUGUGGUUGCGUGUUGCUACGGCCGCCAACAUGACAACGCCUCGCCAAGGUCCAUGGAUCAUCUCUCGGGUAGGAGGGGCAGGCCCAGUGCGGAAGCAGAAUCGUCUGACAACCCCAGUGGUGACCAUCCAAGUGGGAACCUAGGGUAA